AUGCCACGCUACACAUCACCCUCACCAGCGACCUCACGCUCUUCGUCUCCAUCGGGCCCCAGACGGAGCCGCUCCGCACAACCGGCGCGUCACCGACGUCGUCGCUCACCAACCCCCGAGGGCAGGACACAUAAAGAUGCCCUCAAGACCUCGCUAGUCUUCCUCGGCGCUGUCGGCGCUGCUUCGCUAGUCGCACAGAAAUACUGGCCCAAGGGUUUCAUAUACGGCGAAGCAGAGCAUUUUGAGGAGAAGGCCAAGAAGAAGGUCAAUCAGAUAAAGCAUGCCGUUCUUGGCGACAGUCAUGAUGACGAACGAGAGCGCGGUCGGAGACGCAAGAGUACACAUGAGCCUGACUACUACUCGGAGGACGACAGGUACCGAGAAUGUGGUGGUCAUCGCCAAAAAAGCCGUCUCGAGCUGGAGGGUCUUAUGGGUACUUCUCUACCACCGGGCCGGCACCGGUAUGCCGAGGGAGACAGAGGAAGACACCACGGUGACGGUGCUGGCCGUCGGAGCCGCCACGUCGAUGAUGACCGCUACGAACUGAGGGACAUGAGAUACACCGAGAGGCAGGCGCCGCGGCCCAGGAGGUACAUGUCGGGUGACGAUUCAUACUAA